CUGUGAUGUUGUUUAUACAUAUUUAGCAUCAAGAAUAUUCUCUCUCAUCAUUUUAGGAAGAUAAGAAGAGUUAUUUAGAUUUUUGUAAAUGUCACAUGUCCCUGGAAUACACAUAACUAAAUUCAGUGAUUGAUACGACUCGUAAUUUCUUUUACAUUAUUUAGUGAUAGCAAAAUGUUUAGUGGUGUUUGUCUUAUUGUGUUACCGACUAAUGUUUUUUAAAUAUCGGGCACGAUGGCUAUAUUUGAAAAAACUUCGCAUACCAAAGCUCUAAUAGAUGACACUGAGAAACUCAGCUGCACCGUACAAAAUGCACAAAACAUUAAUAAACACACAGAGUAUAUUUUACGCGUUCAGCGCGGUCCUACGAAAGAUGUCAGCUGGAAUGUGUCCCGUCGGUACAGGGACUUUGCAGCCCUACAUGCAGGUCUUGUUCAGGCCAACAUUGACCUGCCUCUACCACCAAAGAAACUUAUUGGCAACAUGCAGCCAGCCUUUAUUGCUGAGAGACAAAUAGCAUUACAGAAUUACAUAAAUGAGGUAUUGAAACAUGAGGUGUUAGCUUUAUCACUGCAAGUGAGGAGUUUCCUGGACCCUAGCAACUACUCAUUGGAUAUGGCAGAACAAGCUCUUCAGACUGUGUCGAUCGCUCUGCGGGGCGACGGUAGAUUCGAGCUGAAGGGUCCACUGCACGACAUCGGCUGGCGGAUACGGAAACAUUAUUUUUUAGUAACGGAUACGGAGAGUGGAACGAAUUGCAUGCUGUCGUGGCAGAGCUAUGGUGCUGACAGGUAUCUCAGUGAUAAAGACUUACAAACCGCUUACAAGAGCUUACAAAAUAUAUCUCACCCUUACAUAGACCAAGUAUUAGCUAUACAUAAUUUAGAAACGGGAACAUACGUAGUUAGGAGGAUACAUGAAACCGGUAGUCUGAGGGACAUUCUCUACGGUACGGAGUAUAAUAAGAGUCAUUUAGCGAAGUAUGGCAACCCUAGGAUAAGGAAACCGUUCACAAUAGGACAGAUCGCACAUUAUGGAUAUCAAAUAUUGCACGCGUUGAAGUUUUUACACGAAAAAGGCAUACCUCAUGGCCACAUCCACCCGGGCAACAUAGCGAUAGACAACCAGAAGGCUCUACUAAUGGACGUGGAGAAUAUUCUCGUGGGUGUACCGUGCCUCUACAGGCCUCACCUGCUACAUCUACGACGAGUAGCCACCGCUGAGGCUAUAGACGUCUACUGCUUCGGCAGGACUCUGUACGAAAUGGCCUUCGGGGCUCCACUCACGGAGUACUACUGUGAUUAUUAUCCUGAUGGUGUUAAUGAAGAUUUAGAAUCAGUGCUCCGCCUCUGCCUAUCGAGUAGUUCGUGUAAGCACGGCGGUCCGUCGCUAGAGCACCUGUUGCAGCACCCGCUGUUUGCCCGCGCCCCGCUCAACGGACUCACGAUGGGCGCACAGAACGAUGCGCGGAUGCAUUUGAAGUUCCCCAUCGCACUCAAGGAGGAGUUGAAGACUGCCGUGUGUAGUAUGGAGGCUAGGUUGAAGAGUGAACAGAAAUUGGUACGAAGUGCGAAAAGAGAAGUCCGUAUACAAGAGAUACUCGGCUCCGAAGAAGAAAUUAAAAAACAGAAGCGAAGAGCGAAAAAGCGCGAGAGUCUAUGGAAGUCGACGUCGUCUCUGGCGGAGACGGUGCGGUCACAGAGCGCUAGCACCGCGUCCUCGCCCACACCGCCCGCACACUCUCACGACACAAGCGCCACAGGUUCCCAGACGGCAGCGAGUCCGUGCGACGCUCGCUCCUCGCUACUAGCCGCAAUCUGCGCCUUCGACAAGUCCCGCCUCGCCCGGCCCGUGGACUCGCGGUGAGACCCACUCCACACAACUUGUAUAACGGUCUAUAACGCAUUUAUACAUGUAACUGGGGAAUAGGGAUGAUGACGGGGUAUGAAAAUUAAAAAUCUAUUUAGUCCGUCAGUUAGGUAAUGAAAAAAUAUUAGACACGUAUUUUUUUAUUUUGUUGUAUAAGAUAACAAUACUUACAUAAAACGUGUCAGAGUUUAGGAGUGGGAGCAUAUACGUCACAUCUUUGUGAAAAAUGUACUCAAAAGUGACGCGAUAUUUCAAAUCGAUAUAUCUUCGAAAGUAUUUGUUACCGUAAGAAAAUAAAAAUACGUGUUUAAUAUUUUAAAAUAAUCUACAAGACGGACAUUAAAAUGAAAAUUAGUCAUCUACCCUAUUGUGUAGCUCUGCAGGUAUUCUAUAUGGGUGUCAUAGUCCCAAUGCAUGGAUAUUCUAAAUUGCAAUUUGCAAGAAAUUGGUUUACGUUUUGGGCGGUUUUGUAAAUUCAGCUUAUUAAGUCAGGAUAAUUACUUAUCUGGUUUUAGCACAGAAAUAUAUUACAGAGUUCAGAUUCAAAAGUAAGGUUAUUUCAUUUUUUAUAAAUUUAUGGUGUUUCAAGAGUUCUAUACCCUUAGUAUUGAGAAAUAUGUAGAUAUAGGUGGAUACUGGGAGCAGAAUUGACCCAGUCGUACGACAAGCACAACUUAUAUACGCCGGCUGGCGCGGCGGUUAACAAUCCUAGACGAGCAGAUAUUUACUUCCUACCCACUCAGUCUAAAUAUUAAUACUAAAUUACCCACAUACAUCACAAGUAUGAGUUUGCUUUACGUUUAAAGUAAUCGAAACGAGCGCGUUCGGCGCUCUGAUUGACAGGCUCGAAUAAACCAACCAAUCAGAGCAAAACGCGCUCUCGUUUCGAUUACUUUUCGAACCAAGUUCGCAAUCAUGAAACUAAUUAAAGUAUUCAAGUCGAUAUAAAACCCUUGUCACUCUAAAAUGUAUUUUAUCCGUUUGCUGUUACAAUACAAAAUCGAAAGUAAAUGAAAGUACUUUGUUGCAUUGCAAUAAAGUUCUUUAUAACGGUCGCUAAAUGAGGUAGCUAAGUAUUAAUAUAAAUGUUGCCACAUUUUGUCCUUACAUAGAUAGUGGUUUAUUUACAUUACUUCAUCAUGGUCGAAGGAGACAAAUUGAUUGGAAUUUUCUAUUCAUAUUAAUAAUUAUUAUUCUAUAAAAAUAUAGAAUAAGAAAGUUUAAAGUUUGAACGGUACAAACAGACAUGCGAUGUAUGUUAUUUGAGCAUAUUAACAAUUAUUAACUGAGGCUGCAUUGUUACGGAAGAUUCGAGAACCAUUUGUAGUAUAGAACAUGAAGCAAGUACAAAGAGGAGAUGCCAUAAUGUGAUUGUGCACUGUGACACAGAAAAAACGGCCCUGUCCAAUGAUAUUAUAAGUAAAAAGGUGUAGAUAGGUUAUAAGCGCUCAGAAAGUGGCACAUUAGAAUGUGGACAAUUGGCAACAUUUUUGUAGUAUGGGACUGCUAGAUGGAAAAUAGAGAGGGGCGUGGUUUGUAACGUCUCGCGCUCCCCAUAAAGUGUCACGCAUUAUGUUAAAGGGAAAUCCAGUUAUGACAUCUCCUCUUUGUAUUUGCUUCAUGGUAUAAAAGUAUCAAAAUGUAAUUGAAAAAUGCCUUGAUAAUUGGAGUGGAAUUGUACAUUGUUAUUCGAAUGUGAUAAGUCUUUAAUAAGUAAAUCUAUCGAUUUAUUAGAAGCUCAUUCCAAAGUUUGCGUGGAAAUUAUGUUAUUACGUAUUCUUUUAUUGUAUUCUAUGUACAGAAUGUUUUAAAAUGAUUUCCUUAUCAUUAUUUACUCAUAGAACGAAAUUUGUUAUUGUACCAACUGUAUGGCGAUAGGCUUACUCCCUAUUACAUGGGACACAUAAUAUAACUGGUGAAAAGUGGGUUUUACAUUGUGUAUAUGCACCUCUACAGCUCUGCCUUGCGGGUAUUAAAAGUAUAUCUAAGUUAUGUAUUCCAUCACAUACAUUGCAGUGGAAACGAAUCAUAAUUAUAUGCUUGAAAAUCAUUAUUUAAUAACCCCAUAUGUGAUUUGCGAGGUAUAUGAGAGGAAAUCAAAAUGGAGUGUUUAUUUAACAUUUUUACCUCUAUUAUUUUCUUGUAAAAUUGAAUGUUAUUUUACAAUAAUAAAGAUGUGUAUGAUAUUAUUAAAUUUAUUGUUUUCAUUAGCGGUGCAUUUUCGUUUCAUUUUGAAAUAUGUAGAUAGCAAAAAAGUUGGUAUUUUUAGAGUGUUAUUACCUUUUGUAAAAACUGAAUGAUGUAUAGAGAAGGGAGAAAUUAUUGAAAAAUAUUCAAAGACACCUAUAUUAUGAGUAUGUAUCAGAUCUCUUCGACAUAUUCGUGUUUAUUUUAGUUUAGAUUAGCCCAAUGAAACCUGAUUAUCAUGUAUGGUGAUAAUUUCAAUUUGUGGCUACUAAACUAGUAACGACCUAAGAUUUUAUCAAUAUAAGAUCGUCGUAUGCGGUGCCUAGUGGUCUUUAUGUACAAAUAUGUUUUAUGUAUAUCAAGAUUGCUUCUCUUUUAUUUGGUGCUCGAAAAAUGUAUUAGUUUGAUUGAAAAUAUCACCAAGCAAACAAUUAAAUUAUUUAGUACAAUGUAACGAUUUAUACAAAUUCAAUGCAACCUUUUAGUUUUAUUAAUAUAGAUUUUUUUUCGAACAAACUUAAAAUAAAAUAUUGAAAAACGUAAUUAUUAUAGCUAUAAGUUAAUUCAAGAUCUUAUAUGUGUGUAGGAAGUUAUUAAUUUAUAUAAUUUUAAGUUCCAAAGUGAUAUGCGACUGGUCAGGCAUUACGUUAUUGGUUUAUUAUGAAAUUAUUUUUGGAAUUAUAUCUAUGUAGAAGCUUUAAUGUCCUAGUGUAAGGUACCUAAAUUAUAAAAAAAUAAAUGUUUAAUAUAUUUUGUUGUAAGAGUAAGAAAAUAUACAGUUGCGAUAAU